ACCAUGGAGAAUGCUGCAAAGGCGUCCAGGGUCUGGUUUUCUUACCAUGGAGAUUGCCACAAAGGCGACCAGAUUCUCGAUUUCUUGCCAUGGAUAUUACCUCAAAGGCGGCCAGGUUCUCGCUUUCGUACCAUGAAUGCACGUAUCAGCUGUGAGGUAUGGGGUGACUGUGAAGCCGCUUGAAGACGCAAUCUGACACUCAAGAGGGAAGCAGAGACAGAGGCGGCAGCCAUCGCUGUAUGUUUGCUUGAAAUCCCCCCCUCUGUCGCAGACGUCGACGCGCUCGAUAUCGCUCAGAAGGAAGGAAGGAGGGAAGCGAGAGAGACUUAUGGUUAUGGAGAUUGACCGUGAAGCAGCAGUGGAGGGGAGCGAGCGUGAUUCUUGCGAUGUCAGCCAUCAGAUUGUUGGGGGGAUGGAAGUCGGCGGCGCUAAGAAUGACGAUGAUGAUCGUCGGGAUCGGGAUACAUGCACAUCAGACCUCUUUGCGACUGAGAGGAAGAAGCGAAUGAACGAUGGAAUGGAAGAUGAAGAUUAUGAUGUCAGCCAUCAGAUUGUUGGGAAGAUGGAAGUCGGCGGCGCUAAGAAUGACGAUGACGAUCGUCGGGAUCGGGAUACAUGCACAUCAGACCUCUUUGCUACUGAGAGGAAGAAGCGAAUGAACGAUGGAAUGGAAGAUGAAGAUGAAGAUGGGAGCGAAGGGGGCAAUGGAACCGAAGAAGAAGAAGAAGAAGAAGGUGGAGAUGGAGAAGGAGAAGAAGAUGAUGAUGACGACGAAGAAGAAGUGCCUCUUGCUGUUCCGCUGGUGCUUUCAACCUCCGAUAUCUCUGCGGCUAUGGCGGCGGCGGGAUCGUCGGAAGAGAACUUGAAGAAGAAGGUACCGAUCACCAUCAUCACCGGGUAUUUGGGAGCGGGGAAGACGACGUUGGUUAAUUAUGUGUUGACGGCGCAGCAUGGACAUCGAAUUGCGGUCAUCCUGAACGAAUUUGGCGCCGAGCUAGGUAUCGAAAAGGCUAUGGUGACCGAUGGAGACGAUGGUGCCCUCGUGGAAGAAUGGCUCGAGCUGGGUAAUGGCUGCAUCUGCUGUAACGUGAAGCAUGAUUUCGUACAAGCGCUUGAGCAGCUGAUGGAGAAGAGAGAGAAGUUUGAUUACAUCCUGCUUGAGACCACCGGUCUCGCUAAUCCUGGCCCUGUGGCAGCUGUGCUGUGGGUUGAUGACCCCCUCGAAUCGUCCGUCAGAUUAGAUGCAAUCGUGACGGUGGUGGAUGCAAAGAACUUGAAGAGACAGCUCAACGAGCCGCGAGUGUAUGGAACCGUAAAUGAGGCAUCUAUGCAGAUCGCCUUUGCUGACGUCAUCAUCCUAAACAAGAUCGAUCUGGUUGAAGAUGAAGGCUUGGAGGAGGAGGAGGAGGAGGAGGAGGAGGAGGAGGAGGAGGAGGAAGGGAGGGGAGGAGGUGUGAAUGAGGAUAAGCCGCAAUGUCAGGGCGAAGCUGCGGCGGGCUCUGGGGAGAGGUGUCGGAAGCAGCAGCAGCAUGAGGAGGAGGAGGAGGAGGAGGAGGAAGACGUGAAGGGAGGGUUGGGAGGAGGAGGAGGAGGAGGAGGAGGAGGAGGUGGUGGGCACCAGAAGCAGCAGCCGCAGGAACGGCAGAAGGAGAAGGAAAAAGAAGGUUUGGGAGGAGGAGGCGGAGGAGGAGGAGGAGGAGGAGGUGAUGAGAAGGUGAAUGGUAUGGUGGAGUGUUACAGGAGAGAGAAGAUGCAGAUGCAGAUGCACAAGUCGAAGAAGGAGACGAAGAAGAAGGAGAUGGCGGUAGAAGCCCUGGAACAGGAGAUUCGACGAAUCAACUCUGUGGCACGGAUCGUCCGUGCAGUCCGAUGUGAGCUUGAUCUCCGUGAUGUCUUGAAUUGUAGAUCGUACGAUCCUCAUCGGUCUUUGGAUGGUGAGUGGAUGGAUUUGAAGACGUUGGCGAAGAGCGACCAUAGCCAUCAGCAUGACAGUGGGGUUGGGACCGUGAGCUUCAGCUUCGAUGGCCACGUGGAUGAAGGUAAGGUCGAUAGGUGUCUAGGAAAUCUCUUGUGGGAGAGAGUGAAGGCGUCUGACGUGUACAGAAUGAAAGGAGUGCUCAAUGUGGCGGGAAGUGAGUUUAAGCACAUUUUUCAGGCCGUACACGAGUUGUACGAAAUAAGGUCGGGACAGACAUGGAAAGGGACAGAGGCGCGUACGAACAGAGUGGUCGCGAUCGGUCGCAAUCUCGACUUGGAAUGGCUUCGGGAAUGUUUCAUGGAGUGCGUAGUGAAGGAUUAUCCUGCGUAAGGUCAUUUUUGGUAUUAGGAGUGUCCCAGAUGAAUCUGGUCAGGAUGACGGUUAGAUUCCAUUAAAAAAGUAUGAGUGUGAGGCUGCCCUUACUGCGUUUAGAGUCAGCUGGGCACGCGUGCAAAAGAGACACACACACAGAGAGAGAGAGAGAGAGAGAGAGAGAGAGAGAGAGAGAGAGAGAGAGAGAGAGAGAGAGAGAGAGAGAACGCUACCUUUUGGAACUUGGGGGGAACGAAUGGAUGUUCCAUCGUUUUUUUUUGAAAAAAGUGCGUGUAAAGAAAUGUAUUUCCAAUUUUGGUGCAAACAAUC